GGUGCACAGCCCCAUUUUAUUGUUGAAGAGACUGAGGCCCAGAGGGUUCCAGUUCCAGUUCUGUUUGUCCAUGGGCAAGUCCUUCAGCUUUGGAAAGUGCCUAUGGGCGGGCGGUUUUGAGGGUGUAAGAGGAGGCUUUCAGUGGGUGUCUUGGCUUUGGGCUUGGCUGGCACCUGUCUGCCUUCCCGGACACAAUCUAGCCUCCCCAGGCAGGUGCCCAGGCCCAAGGAAGGGCAGGGCUCACCCAAAUCUUUCACAAAUGUAUGAAGUCAAAAAUGUUCCUUAUACCUGGAGCCAAGCUAGAGUCUCUCUUUCAGUGAACACAUAACAGAGAAUUUGGGGAUGAGUAAGAGGAGGGUGCUCCCACCUGCCAUCUGCCUAGACUACCUGCCUGGGAAGAAAGACAGGCUGUGCUUACUAGAUAGGAUAACAUCCACAAAGCAGGAGAUGGGGCAUUUGAACUGGGCUUCAGGGGGGGUGAGUAGGAGCUUGCCUAUUGGAGAGAUGGACGGAGGGACAUUGCAGGCGGAGGAGCUUUCUACAUUUUUCCAGCAGGAAACUGACAGCACACGGACUCAAGACCACCCUUGACACCGUCAGCCACGUUAUGCGUGCCCAAGGUCCCCUCAGCCUACCAUCCCUGACGCUGCCUCUUGCCUCCUCCGUCCUGAUGCUGCUGCUGGGCAGCCUGUGGCUGGUGGGGGCUGGGCCCAGCCUUACCCUGGCCCCUGAGCUGCUGCUGGACCCUUGGCAGGCACACCGGCUGCUGACCCAUGCCUUGGGCCACACAGCCCUACCCGGCCUGCUCCUGAGCCUGCUGCUCCUGCCCACUCUGGGCUGGUGGCAGGAGUGCCACCUGGGAACUCUGCGGUUCCUGCAUGCCUCUGCCCUGCUCGCCCUGGCUGCUGGGCUCACGGGGGUGCUGCUGGCGGGCCUUGGGGUGUCCAGUGCAGCUGGCGGCUGCGGAUACAUGCCCGUCCACCUGGCCAUGCUGGCAGGGCAGGGUCACCACCCUCGCCAGCCCCAGGGGGUCCUGCCACCAUGGCUCCUGCCCUGGCUCCUACUGGCCUUGACACCACUGCUUAGCUCCGAGCCGCCCUUCCUGCAGCUCUUCUGCGGCCUUCUUGCCGGCCUGGCCUACAGAUGCAGCAGGGGCCUUCCGGUGGCUGGAGCUGUCAGAGCGGCGGCUGCAAGCACUGCAGGAGGGCGUCUUGUGCAGGGCACUGGCUGGGGGCUGGCCGCUCCGACUCCUUCCUACCCCAGGCAUCCCAGCAGAGCUGCCACUCACCCAUCCUGCCGGAGCGAGGUGAGCACAGUGCUGAAGACACCCCUCGUGGCAGCUGUGGCAGGGGCUGGCAGUCAGGCCCUCUUCUGCUUCUGCCCCUCCAGGCCUCCCACCCCCGGACCUCCUUACAUGGCCUCCCCUAGCCUCUGGGCCCUCAGUGAAGGCUCAGCCCUGCUCCCGCCAGGCCUGGGGCCUGUGCAACCAGCCUGGGAGGGCUCCUCAGAGGUGGGCCUGGCCUGGGCUGGGCCCAGCUUCCCCCCAGGGACCCCACUGUGGGCAGCCCUGGAUGAGCAGCUGCUGCAGGAGGGGAUUGAGGCCUCACUCCUCGAGGGGCCGCGUCCCGAGAGCCCACUCCGGCUGCCCAAGUCGUCUGUCUCCUCUCUGCGGCUGCAGCAGCUGGAGCGCAUGGGCUUCCCCACAGAACAGGCAGUGGUGGCCCUGGCAGCCACAGGCCGAGUGGAGGGUGCCGUGUCGCUGCUGGUUGGGGGGGAGGUGGGCACUGAGGCCCUGGUGACUCAAGGGAGGGGCGGGCCCGCUCACCCUGAGGGUCCUGGGCCUCCCUAGCCCAUGCAGGCCCAUGGGUGACAAGAGGCUUGGCCCGUUGGUGGGUAGCCUGAGCCCAGCCCUGUCUGCCAAGGGUUGCAGUGUGGUUCGGAAGAGGCCCCUCCGGCUCCCCACCCCGGUACUGUUUAGAAUAAAAACCAGUUCAUUUUUCAAGCUGGACCUCUGGAUGCA